AUGAACAAGCAAACUGUAGUAGAUGCUGAACAAACUGUAGCAGAUGCUGAACAAGCUGUAGUAGAUGCUGAACAAGCUGUAGCAGAUGCUGAACAAUGCUGCUGUAGUAGAUGCUAUGCUGAACAAACUGUAGCAGAUGCUGAACAAGCUGUAGCAGAUGUUGAACAAGCUGUAGCAGAUGCUGAACAAGCUGUAGCAGAUGUUGAACAAGCUGUAGCAGAUGCUGAACAAGCUGUAGCAGAUGUUGAACAAGCUGUAGCAGAUGUUGAACAAGCUGUAGCAGAUGCUGAACAAGCUGUAGCAGAUGCUGAACAAGCUGUAGCAGAUGCUGAACAAGCUGUUGCUGAACAAGCUGUAGCAGAUGCUGAACAAGCUGUAGCAGAUGCUGAACAAGCUGUAGCAGAUGCUGAACAAGCUGUAGCAGAUGCUGAACAAGCUGUAGCAGAUGCUGAACAAGCUGUAGCAGAUGCUGAACAAGCUGUAGCAGAUGCUGAACAAGCUGUAGUAGAUGCUGAACAAGCUGUAGCAGAUGCUGAACAAGCUGUAGUAGAUGCUGAACAAACUGUAGUAGAUGCUGAACAAACUGUAGCAUGCUGA